AUGGGUAUGCCACCAUCAACCCAAAAUAGAAUAGCUUCUGAUGGUGUAAUUUAUUCGAACCAACAUAUUUCGGGAUAUAUGAUGCACCCAAACCUUAAUAAUAAUUCCAACCAACAUAAUGAUAAUUUGGAUAACCAUUUUGAUGAACGAAAACUGAAUCUACCCUACCCACCGAACGAUAGUUUUGGGACAUUUUUACAAGAUGAGACAUCUACUCCCAAUAAACAGAACUUAAAGAUGGCUACAAAUAAUUCAUCUUCUCCAAUACAAUCAAGUCAUCAUGAUCCUAAGAGUUUCAGCUUUUCUGAACAAAAUGACUCGAUUCAAGAGUUCCAAGUUUCCCCUAUCAAGGAAAAUGCUCCACGUCCAUCGCGUUAUGCAUUUGACGGAUUUCCUAGAGACGAUGUGAGCCACGAAAAACGUCACUCUAACCGUUCAUGGUCUCCACCUCCAAAUUCAUCUGGAAGUGACAAUUCAAAUGCUAUUGGACUGAUUAUAGGUGGGUAUGAUUAUAGCAAAAGUUCGUUAGACCUAGUUUUAAAAGACAAUGAGGAUAAUUUUCAUAAUGAUAGAAAAUCAAAUACAUUAUUACAAAAAGAAGAUACCAAUGAUUCUGGGGGGCAAUUUUAUUUAAGCAAUAAUACAAUUCAGGCUAACGAAGCUGGUAUGGAUGUUAAAGCCCAUAAUAGAAAUAGUUCAGAAUCAUCAACUGUUUCAAAUACAUCUACCACAUCUACGAUAACACCAUCCACUAUUAGCAAAGGCAAGAGAUUUGUUCGAUACGCUAUGAAUACCCAAUCAAAAUCGUCCAUGACUAAUACAUCUACCAAAUGGCACAUUCUGAAUGUACUUAAAUGGCUUGAAUAUCACGGUUUUAAUAGCUCUUGGCAGGAGACCUUUCGAAGAAAUGAAAUAUCCGGUAACAGGUUUCUAGAGUUAUGUAAUUAUGAGGUGGACUCGAUGAUUUGGAAGCAAUUCAGUAAGUUCUUGGUCUUGGAUAACGAAAAUAAUUCAAUUGAAAGAUUUAUUGAAUUGCUAAAAGGACAUCUUUCGACAUCCGAACCAGUGGACGAUUACAAUGCCAAUAAAGAGUACCAAAUGCAAUCGCAUUCAAGAAAAAGCUCGAAUGAAUCACAUUUGUCUCCUGUUCUUCCUAAUAAUUUAGCAGAAAAUCGUAAAUCAGUGCCCAUAUUCCAUAAAAGAAAAUCUGUAUCAAUACCUGCAGUAUACGGUACUUCAUCACAGUCUAAUAAUUUAGCGCCAUCUUCCAACCAGAGACCAGUAUCCUAUGUGGACUUGAGCUCCCAUAAACCAAAUAAAGAUUUGCAAUCCCAUCACAAAUUCUUUCGAAAAUCCAAAUCAUCAUAUUCUGAAGCUCCUCCAUCCUACGCCGGUACUAACAAUUUACCCAUAUUACCUUCCAAUUAUCAAAAUAUAAACGGUCAUAGAAAGUCGAACUCAAAGACUUCUUUAUCAUUAAAUGAUGACCUCAUCGUUGACUCGAAUAGAAUUAAAUAUACAGGGGCACCCCUACUCAAAACAUCGAGUUUGCAAAAUUUUCCAACUCCAAGUGUUGAUGCUAAUCAACCAACCUCAUAUGGUAAAAAGUCUGGCCUUCUUAGUACUUUAAAAAAAUAUGGUAGUGACAAAGCAGUGGGAAUUGUAAAACAAGUGCAUAAUACUUCUUCCUCUGCUGUUACAAAAACCGGCGGAAUAAGUAAAAACAGUAAUAAAAACGUUGUAUCUCCUGUUAGUCCUCUUGAAUUUCGAGAUCUUCUGUUACCCAAGAAGAAGCAAAACAUUUCCCAACCAAACAUUCAAGAAGGAGUUGAAAGCACUACUAUGGAUACCUCGAAUGCUAAGUCUCAAAGAUAUUCGAACUCAACAGGCAUGUCUAGUGAUGACACAUUACCUUCGCCUAUAACAAAUUCAUCAGCUAAGGUGAUCAAUUUCAAUAAUAAUACUUAUCUAGAUUCGAUAAAAAAAGCAGAUUUAUUUGGUGACCUUGACGAAAAGUAUUUACCAACAAUAGAUGAUAAGUUUAUUGACCGUAAAGUUAUAUUGGCUAGCAAAGAUAAUAUGCAUUUCAUGCCUAUAAAUUUGACAAGUGAAGAAACGAAGAAUAUAGAAUUACUCAAAAAAAGAAUAAUUCAUGAAUUAGAAAUAAUUGAUAUUGGAAUUAUAUCGUUUCAUUUAACUGAAUUUAAUUCUACUGAGGGUGUUGCUCUUAGGGAUGAUGUUUUGCUGAAUGUUAUGCGUACAGAUAUACUUGUGAAACUCUUUGUAAAUCAAGAAAUAUCUUCAGAUACUACAGCAACAAUCUCAACUACGUCCUCUGAUUCUAAGUCUUUUGAACUAAUUGGUGAGAAUAAUGAUGAAAGAAGCUAUCCAAGCACGCCACAAUAUCUUUUGCAAAAUACUAAAGACCCUAAAGUCGAUUAUUGGAACUUCAAGGAUGCAAACAAUGACAAGCUUUCCAGUAUUAACGAGAUAAGUUCUGUUAGAGAUGCAAGAAAACCAUCUUCAAAUCCCCAAUUUACUAUGAAAUUACAUUUACCUGAAAAUAAGAAAAUUUCACAAGAUAUUAAACCACCAUCAUUACUGAUAAAUACGACUCAAAUUAAAAGUAACCUGCCAUCUUUAUCUCCAAACUCGUCGAAUUUAAGUGACAAGCAGAACUCAUUUAAAGUUCUAAGAAAAGAAGGUCACGAAAUAGACUUCGAUAAAAGAAGAAAAUCCCCAUAUGAAUCGAAAGCUCCUAAAUUGAUACCAAAUAUUUAUUCCUCAUCGGUAUCAAAUCCAUCCAAAUCUCCAAUUUCGGCAAGUACAAUAGCAACACUAAGGGAUGAAAAUAUAGAUAGUAAUCAAAAUAAUUUAUCUUCAAGCAUUUCAUCUGGUUCGAUUGAUAGGGAUAAGUCUGGUAGUAUUGUGGCCAAGAGAAAUGCUCCUCCUCCGCCACUCGACAGAAAGCUGAGCGUAAAAGGGUCACAUUCGUUAAAGAAAGCAUCGAUCCUGCCUUCGAUUUCAACACUAUCAAAAACACUGUCUUAUUCUAGUCGCUCGACUAGUGGCAGUGAAAGGUCAAUGAGUUCAAGGAAAGCAUUCAAUAAAAGGAAAGGAUCUACUUCAAGAAAAAAUUCUAUCAUCGUAGAUGAUUCAUUUGCAUUCAAAGAAAAUGAUGUAUCAUUUGAUGAUGUUCCCACGGUGCAAAGAGAUGGGGAUGCUUCAUCUGAUGAUGAAGAUUUUUUUGUUAAACCAAUUAAGAACCAAAAAAGUAAUGCCAAUGAUGAGGAUAACGAAAGUGAUGAAGAUUUUUUCAUGAGGCCUAUAAGAUCUCCUGAUUCUAAAGGGCAAAAUAAUAUUCCUAAAGGUCGUACUUUAACUGAUCCUACGUCAAUAAAAAUGAAUGUAAGACCUCCUGUAGAAGAAGUCUAUAGGAAUCUUGAAAAGUAUUUCCCUAACACUAACUUGGAUAAACCAAUCAUAGAUGAUUCGCCUGUUUCUCCAGUGAAUAAACAUUUGCCAUCGAUUGAAGCAUCAAAUGCCAUUCCUGUGAGGAAACCAACAAUUUCAAGAACUUUCUCUAAUGCUAAUAUGUCACCAAUCCAUCCCAAAUUAGAUUCUGGGGAUGAAAUUUUAUAUGCUGAAAAUCAAGAACCUACGUUGAGUCGUCGCCAUAUGAAAACUAUUCGUGUUGUCGCAAAUGAAGCUCGUAAAAAGAGGUUGGAAAGGCAAAACUCACCUCAAGCUGGUAGAUCUUUGGAAUCGUCAUAUCGCACUACUCAUUCAGGUAAUUUCAACUCAUUAAAUAGGACAAAUACUAAAUUAUGGGGUCAGAAGGUUGUUGAAGUCACGUCUACUGAAAUUGAAAAAGGAUUUGUGAGCAAAUUAAAAAGUGGAAAGCAUGGUGAAUUUGAAGAGUUUGCCUGGAUUAAGGGUGAAUUGAUUGGUAGAGGGUCAUUUGGUGCGGUAUACUUAGCUUUAAACGUUACAACUGGUGAAAUGUUGGCAGUCAAACAAGUAAUUGUUCCCAAUGAUUUUCUGAACGGUUGCCCAAAAGUCUCUGAAGGAAUUGAUGCUUUACAUAAAGAGGUUGAAACUAUGAAAGACUUAGAUCAUCUUAAUAUUGUGCAAUAUUUGGGCUUUGAACAGAAGGAUAAUAUUUAUAGCUUAUUCUUAGAGUAUGUUGCUGGUGGAUCAAUCUCAUCAUGCAUGAAAUCUUUUGGGAAAUUUGAAGAACCAUUAAUUAAGUUUAUAACGAAGCAAGUUUUAUUAGGUCUAGAAUACUUGCAUUCGAACGGUAUAUUACAUCGUGACUUAAAAGCUGAUAAUUUGCUAUUAGAGAUCGACGGAACGUGUAAAAUAUCUGACUUUGGUAUAUCUAAGAAGUCUAAGGAUAUAUAUGUAAACAAUGCUGAGAUGUCAAUGCAAGGUACGGUUUUCUGGAUGGCACCAGAAGUUAUUGAUAGUAUUGUUGCCGACAAAAAGCAAGGGUAUAGUGCUAAAGUAGAUAUUUGGUCAUUAGGAUGUGUUGUACUAGAAAUGUUUGCAGGUAAAAGACCAUGGUCAAAUGAAGCAGUGGUAAGUGCAAUUUAUAAAAUUGGUAAAACUAAAUUGGCUCCGCCAAUACCUGAUGACAUUACCCAUUUGAUUUCUGAUGAGGCACGGUCAUUUAUUAGAAGAUGUUUCACGAUUGACCCAGAAGAAAGGCCAACAGCCAGAGAUCUCUUAGGGGAUCCAUUUAUUAGUAACGAAUCUAAUUUCUCUUUUGAAACUACGAAAUUAGCUCAGAUGAUCAAAUACAAUUACAAGAAAUACAAUAUUUAA